UCGUUAUCUGCACCGCGGCCGUGCUUUAGUCGAGCUUUUGCUAGGCAACGGCUGCCGAUUGGCCGGGAGAUCGCCUCACGCUACACGAUCUGCGGGUGACCUACAUUACGAGACCGAGCGUUAGGCCUAGGCAACAAUAUCUGCACUUCACAUAUAACCGGGAUUUGGUUUCCACAGACCGGCACCGUGGUGAUCUGACGUCCAAGGAGGAUGUGGCAAAUAACUUCGUCAAUGAAAACAUCAUCUUUCGGUGCCAAGAAACGGAAAGCGAGUGGGGAAAGAGAUUUAGACGUGGAGAUACAGGACGACGAUCUCGGACCUUCUAAACAGACGCAGGUGAUGACAUCGGCAGAGAUCAAACAGGAAGUGUGCUCGACCUCCUCCAGUAAUCGUGCAGGGACACAAGUGGACUCACAAUUCCGAGAUGUGUCACGAGGUCCGAGUCAUGCAGACGGCAUUGUUCUAUGUGGACACUGCAGGGAGAUGCGUGCCACGUUGUGCUGUAUGGAAAAAUCUUGUGUUUCCUUCGCCUAUCGCACAUGGCAUAUGACGUCAUUAUUCAUCUGUGACGUGUGUGAUAUCACAUUUCAUGACAACAACCCAGUAAUGGCAGAACACUUGCGGUCGCGGUUACUGAUUCGAAAUUACAACAUUGAGUCAUUGUCACAAAAAGAAGCAACACCAGUGUCGCUACACGAGAAUGAGAACUCAGCUCCGACUCUUGGUCCGUCAGAAACCACGUGUACUGGCCCCCUCAGUCUGCUGCAGGAUACAGGCACUGGGACAGACGCCCCACGGCAGCAGGUCCAGAAUACCAGUGUCUCAGCAGCACGGCUCCCCGGGCGCCAGCUCAGUAAUAUACUCAUGAGAGUGCAUGAACGCUACCAGACAGUUUUAAAACACAACCUUAGCCACCACUGCCCCCUAACGGAGACCUUCAGAGAGACCAAGGUCGCUAGACAAACUCUAGUCGACGCAAUUGGUAUAGCUGAACUCAAGAUCGUAGAUCCUGCAAGAUAUGAUGAAAUCAUUGCAUCAUACCGUCAUGACGUGGUAGCCCCGAGAAUGUUGGAUGUGGAGACAGUGUGCAGACGUGUCCUGAAUGAAUACACAGACGCCAUCAAUGAGCUCAGGGGGAAGACUAUCAUUCCUUUCAGGUUUAACAUGUACCUGCCAAGAGGGAAACCUGAACAGAAUUCCUGACAUGGUUAACUGGACAUGUAUGCAAUAGCGUUAUUUCUUUAAAAGCACGAGUCUUGCUUCUACUGGCAUCUCAUGUGUGCACGCCAUCCACUCGUCGGUAACUCUCAUUAGCAUCAUCACAUUGGUAUACUGAGUUUGUGAAAGCUCGAUCAUCUGUGCAAUGAUUUUUUAAAAUGCCAAGUGGCUUAUGACGUGAGACGUCGUCCGUCGUCGUCGCCCAUAAGUCUUCAUCCAUCUUCGACUUCUCGGAAAUAGGUUGAUGGAUUCGGAAAUAUGAUUGUGUGUAUGUUUGUUAACAGUGCAGGUGUCAAGGUUUGUUCAUGGCCAAUCGUGACCAACCCGUGUCCGGGACUAGCCGAAGGGCGACUCUUGCCUCUCUAGAAUGAUUUAAUACUGGCGUAUGAACAUCAGGAAUAUAUCUGUAUUUAUGUAUUAGUGUAACAGUAAUAAUAGUGCAGUGGAGCUCUCUCACCGCUGAUUGAGAUUAUUCACUGUCUGAUUUUGUUUCAUAUCACAUUAUUUGUAUGAGAAUAGCACACAAUGAUCGUUUAGCCGCAAAUAUCGCUUACACAAUGCCACAGCUAGACAUUUUAAUUUGUAACAGACUUUGAGGAAAUGUAACAUUAUUGAUUUGUUUGUUGUUUAACGCUAGCAAAAUGAUAAAUAAAUAAUCGAAAUAUCGAAAUAAUCGAAAUAAGUCCAGUAAUUGACACAUCAUGAUCGAUCUACACAGCUGAGAUGCACCAGACACGUCAGCGAGACUGACCACCCAAUCCAUUAUUUGUAAACAUUAUUGCAUUGCCAUGGUAGGCUGUUUCUGCAGGCCUCUAUCCCCAUAGAAUGGCAUAAUGGGAGGCUUACGACAGGGCCUAGUAACAUGGGUUACUUGCUCACCUGGGUCAGUGUUUGGUUGAUGCUGGACAACCCCUACAGUGUUUUCAGUCAUCUGGUGUCCUCGAUGCCCAACCACUGCUACGCUGUUUCAACGCAAGCGGUGACCACACUCGUUGUUAAUAUUGUUAAUUGAAUUGUAGCUCUCUGUCAUUGCGUGUCGCCAGUUAUCAGGUACAGCUUUGUCAGAAUAUGUUUUGAUCACGAAAAUGUAUGUUAUGCUGCCAUGUACCUUUACACCAGUUUACACGCAGUGAUUUUAUUACGUCAGUAAACAGAUGGGCAAGAGACAAAA